AUGGCGAGCAAGCCGCGCUUCGAUCCGAGGUCGAUCCUCGACGACCUCCAGGCUCCUUCCGACCCGGCAUCCCAGCAACAUGCCACCAAGGACAGCGGCGAGCAAGAGGACGACGACGAGGACGACUUCAUGUCCGACAAGUUCCUCGUAGCCUCUACCUCCGUUACACCCGCAGAGACGUACUCCGAGAGGCGAAGGAAACAUCUGGCACGCGCCUCUGAUCGGUCUCGGCCCAGCGCAUCCUCGACGCGCAAGAGCCUCAGGGAACGCGAGGAGGAAGCUAGGAGGGAAGGUCUGGACAGAGACCUGCUCGCCGAGGCCGAGAUCGUAGCUGGCGCAGGGGAAGACGCACUUCCGCCCCUCGACAGGCAUGGACGGAGGAUGUGGGAGACGCUCGAUGCUGAGGGCAGCGGACCCUUCGAAAACAUGACCGAGGACGGCCUUCCGAGCGCAGGCAAGGGCAGGAGCGCAGCGAUGAAGAUGAUGCUGGCUAUGGGCUACAAGAGGGGUAUGGCUCUGGGGAGACAAGCAGCGGAUGAAGACACACUCGAGGAGCAUGAGGAGCAAGAAGAGGACGAGGACGAGGACGAGGACGAGGAGGACGGCGAGAGCCAGGCCGACGCAGCUGCAGGAGCGGAGGGCGAUAUGCUGCAUGCCAGACGAGGCGCCGAUAGCAUGUCAGACGGCGAUGACGAAGAUGCAGAGGAAAUGGCGAAGCACAAGGCACAGGAUGACCAGGCACAAGACGACGACUAUCUCUCUGGCGGUGUCUCGACAACGAGGAUGGGCGCUUCGAUCGCGGGUGCCGGGACCGGUCUGGCAUCUGCAUCUUCACCGCAGCACGUGUCGGCGCCACAGAGCAAGCGCAUCAAGGUCGCGGAAACCAGCAGCGCGGCGCUCACAGAGCCGCUUCGUAUCGACGACCGCUGGUUGUCAGCCAGGACACGGCAUGGCAUCGGCAUGGUGCCGCGGGCAUCGCUGUCGACAGCCCAAGCCCCCUCGUCGGUCUCUUCGGCCAUCGCAGCCGCCGCUUCUGCUUCGUCCGCCGCCGCCGCCUCGGAUGCGAUGCCUUCCGCCGAGCAGCAGAUGGAGGACUUCCGCUCCCGCGUCUCGAUCGAGCAUCGACAGCGCCACAUCGAGGGCCUCCUCUCGCGCUCCCGCAAGACGCUGCAGGAGCUCGACCGCGCCCACGGCGUGCUGUACAACCCCAUCUGGCUCGACGCCAACCUCUGGGCGAUCCUUACAGGCCGCAGCGACGUCAGCAUGGCGCCAGGACAGCUCACAGAAAGAAUCGAAAGGGAUCCGGCAACACGGGAAGCCGUCGAGCUGCUCGAGUUCGCUUUCGGCGGUGAAGCCGAUCUGGCCGAGCUCGAGAGGGAGGGCCAAGAGGUCGAGCCGGAGGUCAAGGCGAAGGCGAGCGCGAGAAAAGAGGAGGCGCAGGCAUUUUGCAUGCUUGAUGCGAAGACGAGACUCGAGCUGACGCUUUCAAGGCUGCGGGACGAGCACCUCUAUUGCCUCUUUUGCGGAUGUCGCUAUGAAACCCGGGGGGAUCUCGAGCAGCUAUGUCCGGGAACGGAGGAAGACGAUCACGACUAG